CCGAUUAUGCGUCGGUCGUGAAGGCAGCGUGGAUUGUGGGUUGGACAGGAAGCGACGGGGACGCGCAGCGUGUCCCCGAGGCGGCCAGGGAGAAGAAUGGCCAGCGGUUGGGAUACAUGGAGACGAGAUUGAGCGUGAAAACACGACGAUGACGGGCACUUUGAAGUAGUUUUAUUAUUAAUAUUAUUUAUUUUUUUCAACCUUUUCCAAACGGCUCCCCACCUGAGACCCAAGAAGUGUCACGCAUCUUUCCCACACGACUGUUAUAUUCCUCCCACGGGAAGGAGACAACCGGAGGAGAGGAUUCUCUUUGUGAAUCCCAUUUAACUGGAGUGCAAAAUUGUCUCGGACCGUCUGCACCCCGGUCACCAGCUCUUCCAGCUCCUUCCCUCAGCGGAUUAAAGGCCCUGUCAAAGUGGAGUGGUGGUUUCGACUGACCUGUAAUUUCAGUAGGAAGAGGGCCAAGCCACUUCAGAGGAAACCGGAGUUCCUGGAGAAAACCUUCGCAGCACGGAGAGAACAUGCAAACUCCACAAAGGGAUGCUGGAUUUGAACCCAGGACCUCAGAACUGUGAGGCGGAUGUACCAACCAGUCGUCGACCGUGUCGCCGUGAUCUCAACUCAUACAUAUGAUGGAGCAGGUAUCAGAUGAUGAUUUGGAUCAUGGAGCUGAAGAGGACAGUGAUAAGGAGGACCAAGACCUGGACAAGAUGUUUGGAGCCUGGCUAGGGGAGUUGGACAAGCUCACACAGGGUAUGGAUGAUGGCAGGCCCCAGAAGGCGCUGCAGAAGCCUCCUCUCAGGCAAGAAACAAACAUUGCCAACUUCUCCUACCGGUUCUCAAUGUAUAACAUAAAUGAGGCACUGAACCAGGGUGAAACAGUAGACUUGGAUGCUCUGAUGGCUGACUUGUGUACCAUCGAACAGGAGCUUAGUACAAUUUCCAAGCCGAACUCUCGGAGUCAGAGCAAGCGCGCCCCAGGGGGACGCAGUGCCAGCGCCAAGCACCUAGGCACCAGUGGAGGGGGAAGCAGUGGAGGAAGUGCCAGUAGCAGCACUCGGGCAUCUCCGGCCAACACGGUUCGAGGGAGCAGUGUCAACACGCGCCCGGUGGCCUCCAACAUUUCCCUGGAUGACAUUACCUCUCAGCUGGAGAAGGCCUCGCUCAGCAUGGACGAAGCUGCCCGUCAGACAUCCUCGUCGUCCUCAUCGUCCUCAUCCUCUUUCUCCUCCACGACGUUGCGACGUCCCUCAUCUGAUUCGUCUGGAAGCGGCCGGCACCAUCGGCGGACGGGCUCAGUGGGUGCAGUCAGCGAACAGGAGGCUGCAUCCCAGCGGUCCAGUGUAAACUCGGCGUGUGCGUCAGCGUCCAGUAUGGACUCCCUGGACAUAGAUAAAGGGAUGACGGUUGGAGAGGUUGAUGGAAGUAGCAGCCCGAUCAUACAGAGGCAAAACCAGACCAGCACAGAGCAUGUCACACUGCGGUGGGCCAACGGUAAAACGGCCAGGCGGCACCUUGACUUCACCUCACAAGAGGGUGAAGUGGAUCGGGCCACUCAUUCCUAUUUGGACCAAGAAACCUCACUUAUUCUGAAAAGCAUAGCUGGAAAGCCUUCUCACCUCCUGACCAAGGAAGAACAUGCCGCCAAGCAGAAGGCAGAGAAGAUCCGAGUGGCCCUGGAGAAAAUCAAAGAGGCGCAGGUCAAAAAGCUGGUGAUCAGGGUGCACAUGUCAGAUGAGAGUUCCAAAACCAUGAUGGUGGACGAGAGGCAGACGGUCAGGCAGGUGCUGGACAGCCUGCUGGACAAGUCGCAUUGUGGCUACAGCCCAGACUGGUCGCUGGUGGAAACCAUUACUGAGCUGCAAAUGGAACGUAUUUUUGAGGAUCACGAGAACUUGGUGGAGAAUCUGUUGAACUGGACGCGGGACAGUCACAACAAGCUCAUGUUCAUUGAGCGCAUCGAGAAAUAUGCUCUCUUCAAGAACCCUCAGAACUAUUUGUUAGGGCGUAAGGAGACUUCAGAAAUGGCUGACAGAAAUAAGGAGGCUUUAUUAGAGGAGUGCUUCUGUGGCGGCUCAGUGUCAGUGCCUGAGAUUGAAGGCGUCCUGUGGCUAAAGGAAGAUGGGAAGAAGUCAUGGAAGAAGCGCUACUUCCUUCUCAGGGCUUCUGGAAUCUACUAUCUCCCGAAAGGCAAAGCCAAGGCAUCCAGAGAUCUUGUGUGCUUCUUGCAGCUAGACCAUGUUAAUGUGUAUUACGGUCAGGACUAUCGCAGCAAAUAUAAAGCUCCUACUGACUACUGCCUGGCUUUGAAGCAUCCACAGAUCCAGAAGAAGUCACAAUAUAUUAAAUAUCUGUGCUGUGACGAUGUCAGGACCUUGCACCAGUGGGUUAAUGGAAUUAGAAUUGCAAAGUAUGGGAAGCAGCUCUAUGUAAACUACCAGGAGGCCAUGAAACGAACAGAGGCAGCCUACGAUUGGUCCUCUCUAUCUACCUCCAGCAUUCGAUCAGGAUCCAGUUCUGCAAGCAUACACGAAUCCCAGUCUAACCAUUCAGGCCAUUCAGACAGUGGCGUGGACACAGGGUCCUCUCAUGGUCGCUCCCAGAGUGUUGUGAGCUCCAUUUUCUCCGAGGCCUGGAAGAGAGGCACUCAAUUAGAGGAAAACACCAAGAUGCGAAUGGAGGCUUCCAGAGGGGCCACUUUGCCCCAUGCUUCGCACAGUCACCGCCAUCACAGCCAGCAUUCAGUUGACCAUGCGACCCCGACAACCCCUCCUCACCCUCAGCCUCAGGCUCAAGCUCAUCCCCACCAACAGCCUCAACCACAGGCAGUCGCGCAGCACCUGCCCCCGAAGCCACAGUCGCCUCAACAGGUCCCGCAGCCGCCGUCACCUCAGCGCUUGCAGCAGCCUCCACAACAACUGCAACAUCAGGAGCCGCACACCACAAGCAGCUACGGCCACAUGCCCCCCCAACAGCCGCCGCACCCUGUGAACAACUACAGCCAAAUGCCUCCACCGCCGUCACUUCAACACGCACACUCAAACUACAACCAGCCGUCGCACAAAGCGAGCAACUACGUCGUGCCCUCCCAACAGCCACUACACAGCGAGAGUAACUACAGCCAUGUGCCUCCCCCCCAGCAACAGCCAGCUCCUCCACCACCUCCCCCUCCCCCUCCUCCACCGCCACCACCCCCACCCCCAGUCCAAGCCAUGUCGCACUACUCUCCAGCUCUCAACAUGUACAAGUUCAGUACAAUAACCAGGCUGCAGAACCAGAACCAGGCUGGCAGUCAUCACAGGAUGCAUCCCCAGCCACCUCCCCCAUCUCAGACACUGCCCAGCGCAAAGGUACAGGUCAAACCAAAUGUGAAUCACAUUGCAGCAAGGACCAAUGUCCCGCCUCCACCUCCUCCUCCACCGCCACCAUCUAUGCCAACCCCUGGUUCUGCCAUGGCUGCAUUGAAGUUCGGUCCUCCGAGUCCAAACGCCCUCGCUGCCUUCAUCCCGCCGCCUCCGGUUCCCCAGACCAAUGGAGGAGUAUUUCCACCCCCUCCUCCUCCACCCCCAUCGGCACCGGGUGCCAUCAGCCAGUCGACUUAUCCAAUUGGGCUGAAGCAUGCACUAAUAGAGAGGUUUCCCAGCCCACCACGAGAUCUUUUAUCUGCAAACGGAGAAGUUGAAGACUCUCCGCCUCCUGCUCCUCCACCUCCACCACCGCCACCCCCUUCCCAGCAGCUUCCAGUGCCAGCCCAGUUCCCACCUCCUCCGCCAGCACCACCCAAAUCAUUUACCCCAGGAUUUGUUCCUCAUACUGCCCCCAAACCUGUGUCACCUGUCGCACCCUUCCCACCUGCCCCGUCUCCGGCCACCAUGGGUGGGCUGCCACCACCGUCACCCCCUCCUCCACCUGCACCCCUCAAGAAGCAGUUCAGUCUCCAGAUAGGCUACACUUCCAGCCAACCUCCGCCGACUCUGCCCAAGCAGCACAGUCUAUGUAAGCCGUCACCCGUUUCCACAGGAAUGGCCCCCGUUUCGUCUUUGGUGAAACAGCUCGCAAGUCAGUUUCCUGGGGCUCCAACCCAGGCAGCCAAUCACACGGAGGGCCCCAAAGUUCCCCUAUCCCCACCUGCAGUCAAGUCCAAACCAAAAUGGCAGCCUGUUGCCAGUCAGCAGCUACAGUAUUCAGAAUUCCCACCCCCUCCGGACAGUGUUCAAGUCAACAAUACUGGUUUUCCUGCUCCACCACCGGCUCCAUUGGGCCCUGCCUCUUGUCCUACACCACCACCCCCACCCCUUCCUCCUGGGAAUAUGGGAUCACCUGUGAGGAUGUCACACUCUGGCAUCUCCUGUCUAGGAGGUAAAAAACCUCCACCGACCCCCCAGAGAAACUCCAGCAUCAAGUCUAACUCUUCUGCAUCGUACGAAGAAUCCAGGAGGAACCUCCUCAGUAAGUUUGCGGCACAGAGCAACGUCCCUUCAUCCGCCCACUCUCCCACCUCUGCUUCAACUGGGUCUCCGUCAAAGGAUCCCUCAGGGGGACCCCGUGCAGCCCCAAAACCGGGUAAGCUCAACUUGGCCAACCUGCCCUUGGGUCUUCAGGCCAAAGUGACCGAGGCAAAGCAGUCAGGCAGAGACUUUCCCUCCCCGCCAGCCGAGUGUGCCUACUUCCCUCCUCCACCGCCACUGUCUGAGCUAUUCCCACCUCCUCCUGGGAGUGAUUCUCAUAGUAGUGGACCUCCAAGAGUAGCUGUGGUGAACCCCCAGCCUCAAGCUCCUCCUCCUCCUCCUCCUCCUCCACCACCACCACCACCACCACCACCAGUCUCUGUUAUUAGCAACUCCACUUGGGGUAAGAGCUCGCUGAAAAAAACUCCUCCCCCGACACUUGUGCGCCGUAGCAACACCACGCCAGAGCCCCCAUCGCUCUCACCACCACCACAGAUCCCUCCACCCACCUCACCUAAGGGAAGCUCAGGCCAGCCCAACUUCCUUGCGGAUCUGAGCCGGACCCUCAAGCGAAAGUCUGUGGGUAGGCAAGGCAAAAUGGACCCUGCUGGAACUAUGGAUGACAUGGCGCUGCCGCCACCACCCCCCGAGCUGCUGCUUGAACAGGGAAAGCAGAGCAAUGGAGGAAAUGAUGGCUACAUGUCGGGGAACAUCUCAGGCUAUGCAACGCUACGACGAGGACCCCCACCUGCACCACCAAAACGGGGGGAUGCCACCAAGCUUACUGGGGAGUGUUGAAAAAACGUUUGGGAAAGAGAAAAAAGUCUGCUACCUGUUUGGGAUAACAAUAACGGCUUUUGUGUAUACCAAAAGCUAAUUCAGAAUUUGGUCAACGAGGGUUCAUUUUUCAAAUGCUCAGGAUUUUACUUUUCAUCAACAUUUAGACUCUUAGCAUGUAGUUUAAACCUUAUAGCUGAGUAUAAAAUCUUCCAAACUCAUAAUAAUAAAUUUUGUGCAUUAAGUAUUUGAAGUAAAUUACAAAUUAAUUUGGCAAAUAUGACAAGAUUCAUGUUGGACCAAACCAAGUAUCCUCUUCUGUUGCUGCGUAUUGGAGGAGGGAAAAAAAAAAAAAGGGACCUUGUUCAGGCUGUAAAUGGGAGUGCAUGUGUGAUUGGAGUGUAUGGGACACAUAUGAACAUGCAUUGAGCAAAUGCACGUACAGUACAUGAGUAAGAGGACUAUGUGGAACAGGGCUUGUUUGCUUUUGUGUGAAAUUAUUUAAAUGAUCGAUUGAAGUGUUUUUAUUUAGACUCAACGGCAGUCUGGUCAGAUGUGCUCAUGGAAUGUUUAUCGGAAGUUAAAUGUGAAUGAUCACAUCCACACAAUGUCAAAAAUACAGUUUAAAAUCUGAUAAAACAUUCUAAUGUGGUGUCUUUCCAAAUGGCCUUAUCCCGUGACAAAAGCAAAGACGGAGGCCUUAUUCUUUUAAAUCUUGCACAGUGGGGGAGGGUUCUAAAUGCUCAGCGGACUGGAGGGGAAAUACUCUAAUGCAAAACUUUCCAUGGACUUCUAAAGAAAAUUGGAGGGGAAUUGUUGAAGAGUGCUAUUUUGGUUGUUGUUGUUUUUUAGUCCGUAUGUACAGUUGUUGCAGCUGCGGCUCCCUUGCUGUCCCCCCCCUGACCCCCAAUGCACCUGUCAUGUCAUGUCAUGUCAUGUCAUGUCAUGUCACGUCACGACAAUCCAGGAAGUAGGCCGGAUUUGUCCGUGAAGUACAAGUUGUAUACUCCGCAGAAUACUGUACAGUGCAUCGAAUCAUGUCGCGGAACACUUACGUUAUGUGAGGGGGACAUACGACUUGAAUGUUGCCCUUAUAUUGGUGGGUAUGUUGUAACUGGUUUCUUUGUGGUGUCAUGAAAGUCUUCAGCCUAACUGCUUGCAGCGAUGCCUUCAUUUUCAGCAGGGUGCUUGUGCUGUCCCAACAUUUCAACAUGUGUCAGGAUGACAUUUAUAUUUCCAUCACUAGUAAAAACAAAAUAGAUUGGAAUUUCUUUUAAGAAUGCUUGUGACUAAUGGGGGGGGGAAAAAGACAAAAUUAGAGUGGUAUUGGUUGAGCUCGUACAAUUCAACAUGCUAUGCGCUUUUAUUCUAUGCCCAACAUUGUUGUGGCAUACUUUCUGUUUUAAUCUCACAGUUUAACAAGAUUUUUGCUACAGUUCUGUGUGUAAAUUAUUGAUGUACUCGUGGGGCCUAAAUUGUUACAAAUUGAUUGUCCUUGCUUAUAAACCGAAAUUCACAAUAUAAAUGUUCAAACCAGAA